UCACAAACAUAUGAAUGCCGCUAAUAUAUCUUCUCGCUGAUUUAUCUCAAGGGAUCAAGAGAUGUGGUCGUCCAGUUUGAAGGUUGACGACCCUGGUAAAAGUUGGAUUUCGUUCCGGAAUUGAAAGUGUCGCUGGCCGGAAUUUCCAUCACGCACCCCAUGGCGGCAAGCAGAUCAGAAGAUCAAAAAGGAGUAUACAAUUAAAUUGGUAUCCCACACCACAAUGAAUACACACCGGAAUCUGCAUAACACGAGAUACGGUGAGAGACAUCGAAUGUGGUAAAGGACUGUUGCCAAAAACGUAUUCCACGAAAAAUGUGUUGAGGCAGACGAUCAAAAUUAGUAGAAAGAGAUGGAUUCAAAGGCGAUGAAACGAAUAACCACCAGCAGGACACAAGGAUUAUACAAAGAAUAACUGUUCGUUCCUCUAGUUGAUCCAAGGUCUCGGAACAGUGACUGGUCUCCUCCUGACUAAGUCUCGUAUUUUAUCCUUGGCCCUAUUAGGAUAACCAGCAGAGGAACCUUACCAAGUAUGGAAGCCCUAUAUCGAAGCGUGUUCUCUUGCAAUGCACUUCCGAAUGUGGACCAGGCUUUAGACGUUACCCUGAACGUCCCUACAAAAAUUAAGCGUCGAAUGAUUGUGUGGCAUGAGGCCAUCGCCCUCGGUUGUGUAUUUGGCAUGUUCUAGGCCUUUAGGGGUUGUCAAGGAAGUUAAGCAUUUCCUUGGGACAAAGAUAUCGUGCUUCUAUCUCUAAAAUUGCAUUCCAUAGCUGGGAACGCUACAUUCAUGAAGAGCUCG